AUGUGUAAAAAUAAUAAAAUAAUCUAUCUAUCUAUCUAUCUAUCUAUCUAUCUAUCUAUCUCAUUCUGUUCACUAUCUAUCUAUCUCUCUCUCUAUCUAUCUAUCUAUCUAUCUAUCUAUCUAUCUAUCUAUCUAUCUAUCUAUCUCAUUCUAUUAUCUAUCUAUCUAUCUAUCUAUCUAUCUAUCUAUCUAUCUAUCUAUCUAUCUAUCUAUCUAUCUAUCUAUCUAUCUGUUUUCUAUCUAUCUAUCUAUCUAUCUAUCUAUCUAUCUAUCUAUCUAUCAAGCCUGAAGUCACAGGAAUCGUGCCUUUUGUUUCUUUAUUUCUUCCUAAUUCUUUCUUUCUUUCUUGACAAUUAUUUAUUCCUUUCUUCACAAUUCUUUAGUUCUUUAUUCACAAUUCUCUCUCGCUUUCUACAAAAUUCUUUUUCUUCACAAUUCCUUCAUUCUACAAAAUUCUUUCUUCACAAUUCUUUCUUUCUUAACAAUUCUUUAUUUUAUUCUUCCCAAUUCUUUUACUCUUUCUACAAAAUUCUUUUUUCUUCACAAUACUUGCUUUCUAUCUUUCUUUCUAUCUUUCUUUCAUUGUUUCUUUCUUUCUUUCUUUCUUUCUUCAAAAUUCUUUCUUCACAAUUCCUUUAUUUCUUUCUUCACAAUGCUUUCCUUCUUUCUUUCUUUCUUUCUUUCUUUCUACAAAAUUAUUUCUUCACAAUUCUUUGUUUCUUUCUUCAAAAUUCUUUCUUUCUUUCUUUCUUUCUUCACAAUUCUUACUUUAUUCAAAUUUCCUUUUUUCUUUCUUCACAAUGCUUUUUUACGUUUUUCUUUCUUUCUUCAAAAUUCUUUCUUCGCAAUGCUUUCUUUCUUUCUUUCUUUCUUCACAAUGCAUUCUUUCUUUCUUUCUUUCUUUCUUUCUUUCUUUCUUUCUUUCUUCACAAUGCAUUCUUUCUUUCUUUCUUUCUUCAAAAUUCUUUCUUUCUUCCCAAUGCUUUCUUUCUUUCCUCAAAACUCUUUCUUUCUUUUUUUCUUUCUUUCUUUCUUUUUCUUUCUUUCCUCAAAACUCUUUCUUUCUUUCUUUCUUUCUUUCUUUCUUUCUUUCUUUCUUUCUUUCUUUCUUCACAAUGCUUUCUUUCUUUCUUCCUAAUGCUUUCUUUCUUUCUUCACGAUUCUUUGCUUUAUUCACAUUUUUAUUCUUCUUUCCGAAUUUUCUUCUUCACCUAUCUUCAAAGUUCUUUAGCACUUCUUCUAUUUUCACAGUUCCUUCUUUUUCAUUCAGACAUUCAUUCUUUCUUUGUUAUUUCUUUCUUUCGUGAUUCCCAACCCUUUCUUUGUUUUGUUUUCAGUUCAUUCUUUCUUUCUUUCUUUUAUUUAUUUCUUCUCAUUUCUUUCUUUUUUCACAUUUUUUUUGUUUUUUUCUCUCUUUCUCUCUCCUUCUCCACCUCUUUCUAUCUCUCCUUCUCAUUCUUCCUCUCCCCCUAUAUUGCUCUCCCUAUCUCCCCUAUUCACUCUCUCUCUUCCUCUACCCAUCUCUCCCUAGCUACCCCUUCUUUCUCUUCCUCUCCUACUAUUUCUUUCUUGCCAUCACCCUCUCUCGCUUUCUCCAAUGGUAGGUGA